AUGUUACCUGAAAACUCAAUAUUUACAAACAAAAUUUGUUCUACUGAGCUGUACCUAGAGGAAAAUAAUGUGUAUGUUUCAGGAAGUAUACUUUUUAUAGAGGAAAAGGUAUGGCCAACGGUUAGACUUAAUCGAGUAAUUGAUAUUUAUUACAAAAGCAGUAAUAGUAAGUACUCACUUAACAAAAAAGACGAUUUAGGUGAAAUUAAAGUUUCCCAAGUAAACAUAUACUUGAUAACAAACAAUACAGAUUGUAUUGCUUUUUCUGAUCUCGGAAUUGGAUUAUCAGAAUUUAAGGCGACAAUGUUUCAUGCGACUAACACACGUGCUAUGUACUACAGGCUGACAAUAUUUACAUGCGAUUAGUGAUUGAUUUAAAUAGCCGCCAGUUACAAAGUUUCCGUUUUGUAUCGAUAUUUCAUUUAAGU